AUGUCCAGCAUAGAAAGCAUCAUUCACAAGUCUAAGGUGGAUGGGUGGGAAUUAAUAUUACCUAUGUAUGUAGGUGCGAAGAUUUGUUGUGUGGCGUAUUAUCAACAGGGUCACCCAAUAGGAAAGGUUAUAGUAUUAAAGAAUCAGGAUAAAUACACUACACCAUCAGUAGUGGAAUUUUGUGAUAAUGGCGAUAUUAUUGUUGGUGAAAAGGCCAAGUUUAAUCAACGAUAUAAACAGCGAAGCAUAAUUGAUUCAUUUCAUAGUUUAAUCGGACGAAAAUAUACUGAUAAUUGGGGCGAUUUAUCUUGGGAUAAGAAUCAAUUGCCCUUCAAUGUGGUAGAUAUGGGGAAAGAUAUUUUGGGCAUAGAGAUCGAGUUUAAUGGGGAAAGUGAGUGCUACUAUAUAGAAGAUAUUUUUUCUCACGUGGUGAAAAUGUUAAAAGACAUUGCCGAAAAACACAUUGGUUUUCGUGUUAAAAAUUGUGUUCUCACUGUGCCGACACAUUUCGAUUUUAAUCAAAGGGAGGCUACGAAAGAUGCAGGGAUACUUGCUGGGUUAAAGGUGCUUGAUGUCAUUGAUGAAAACAUUGCAGUUGCGCAUGCAUAUCAACUUUAUAGAUUUACGGAUUUAAACUUCAAGACAAUUUUAAUUUAUAAUUUGAGCGAUACAACGUUUAAUGUGACUAUCCUAAAACUUGACCGUGGUGAAGUGCAAGUACUGGCGACAGGCGAUGAUAUUCAAUUUGGAAAAUUCCACAUCGAUGAUAAAAUAAUCGCCUAUUUGCUGAUGCGGGCUGGUAUUUAUGCCGAUGAGGGCGGCCAAGCUAUACUGUUACUAAGGCAUAAGUUGGAAACUCUGAAAUGGUUAUUGGGUACUAAGGGUUCGGCAGAGAUUACAGUGGAUAACAUUUUACCUUGUCAACAUUUACACGUGGAGAUGACUUGGGAAAAUUUAAACGAAAUUACCAAAGAUUUUUUUGCCGCGAUCAUUAAUUAUGUUAACCAGACGUUAACCAAAAUGGGGACGGCUUUAUCCGAUAUCGAUGACGUUUUACUUGAGUGUGGUUACACAUUGAUUGAACGUUUGAUUUGUGAGAAUUUAGGCAUUAAAAGAAAGUCAGAUAACCCGGGUCACUCUGUGGUUGAAGGAGCUGCUAUUCAGAGUCUCGAGCUUAAUGGACCCUUCUAA